AUGACUUUCGACAAGAAACACACCGGGGUUUGUCUAAGACAGCAGGAACAAUCUCCAGAUGAGGGGCUUGGUGGUGCUGCUGAUGUCAAAGCGGCAGGCCCCAACACCGCAGCAGAGGCCUGUCUGCAACAGGACAUGAAAAUGAACUUUGCUGAAUAUGGGGAGGAUUCAGACGGUGAAAUAUCAGAGAAAGAGAGAAGAUUAGUUCACUGUGUUAAAGUAGAAAGAGAAAUGGAGGAUACAGCUAUAGACCGCACGACAGGGUGUAAAAUAACAGAAGGUCACAAGCUAAUGUUGCCGUGCACUGGUGUCCAGAUUACUAGCAAAAGGACCCAGACAAAGAUUGUGGAAGAUGGUCCAGGCAAUGAACAAGACAUGCCCACCAGUAUGAAAAGAAUAAAAUUCACAGCAGAGGGAAUGUUGGAUGGGUUUAAAACUACAGAGCACCUGCAGGCAGUUCAGAGAAACAUGGGCUGCACAAGUACACUGAAGCUUUCAAAUGUGAUGUCCCUGAGUGCGAACAAAGACUUUCCUAAUGAGAAAACAAAAGCUUCUUACAGGAAACCCCUGUAUAGCAUUUCACACAAAAUAACAGAGAGGAAAAACACUCCAGGCCUGGAUCAGCACACCUCGCUGCAUGAACCCAGAGAAAGAGUGAACUACAACAGCCUUGUACCCCCCAAAAAAGUAGGGGAACACAACAGGAGGGAGCCCAGUGUGAUAGUGGCCACGCCAGAAACCAUGAGCAGUGAUUCAAACAUGUAUUCUUUAAUAGAAAAGAUGUUUUUCAUUCUCAACACACUGAACUCCAGCAUAACGCAGCUUCACAGCAAAGUGGAUCUGCUCUCGCUGGAGGUGACGAGAAUAAAGAAGCGCAUCAACCCACCAGAGAUGGUGGCGGAGUUCCACCCACCCCCUGAGUACCAGCUGAACAGCGAGGAACUGAAGCAGCUGAUGCAGCAGACAUCUCCCUUGCCCGGGGACCUGGCCUGUAGGUUGCUGGUGCAGCUUUUUCCAGAGCUCUUUACAGUCGAUGAUUUCAGCAGGUGUUGCAACGCCUGCGGGAUCAUGAGCAAAAAGAAACUUGAUUCGCUUCACUUGCAGUUGAUCCGCAAUUACGUAGAAGUGUGCUACCCGUUAAUCAAAAACGGUAAUGCCUGGCAGGUGGAGUGUCUGCCUCAAAUCAAUCACUUUCUUAACAGGUUCUGGGCACAGAAGGACAUGGAGAGUAGCCAGCAGUGUCUAAAAGCUGCACCAGCAACACUGUGUUAUGAGCCAGAGCAACCUCCAGCUUGUCAUUACAUUGAUGAGGAAGUGCAAGAUGAGAGUUCAUCUUUGACAUCUAACAACAACACAACCUCAGACAUAGAUACUCAGGAUGUUGUUGAAUAUCUUGAUGAAGCUUCGUCACCUGGGAAUUUUGCAGUUUUCUUAAUGCACCGCCUUUUUCCAGAACUCUUUCAGCAAGGGAAAAUGACUGAGGGGUACAGUUGCUAUAGUGGUUCUGGGAAGCAAAGCCUUGACCCGCAGAGGCUGCAGAUAACCCGGAAGUAUAUGGAAAUAUACUUCCCUGAUAUUCAAGAUGAGGAAAGUUGGAUUCAGCUUUGUGUGCAAAGAAUGGAAGAGGAACUUGAAGGCAUACAUGCUAAUGGAAGCGAGUCAGAGCACACCAGAGAUGAAAGCUACGACUCAUCCAGCUUAUCUGAUGAUGUGUCCAUUAUUAAAGUUAGAGACAGCAAGUUUGAAAAGCGAGGUAAGAGGUUUAAAAAGGUUUCCCUAGUACCCAUUGAUUUUGACAGCCUUGAAUUCCCACCUCCAGAUUUUGACGUCCCUCCAGAGUAUGUGCUAACCAAAGAACAAAUUAAAAACAAUUGCGAAUGUAGCUUAUCCAUUGGAAACUUUGCUUCCCACUUGUUGGUUCAGUUGUUUCCUGAGCUCUUCACAUCCGAAAACCUGAGGAAGAACUACAACUGUAGCGGAACCCUGGGGAAAAAACAGCUGGAUCCGGUCCGAAUAAAUAUUAUCAGGCAUUAUGUGCAGUUGCUCUACACCCGAGCAAAAAAUGACAGGGUUUGGACUUUAGAGUUUGUUGGGAAACUGGAUGAAAGAUGCCGCCGAAGGGAUACCGAUCAGAGGCGCUCCUACCAACAGCAGCGCAAGGUAUACAUGCCCGAGUUUGACAGUGGAGAUUUUGACGGUUUUCCUUUGAACCCUGAGCGCUUCAGAGAGGAAUUUGAGGGGCCUCCCUUGCCACCUGAAAGAAGCACAAAAGAUUUCUGCAGAAUACCGCUGGAGGAGAUAGCCGUGCCCCCUGUUGAUUUUGCAGUCCCGUCUGUCUACCUGCUUUCCAAUGCAGAGAUUAGGGAGAUAGUGCAGCAGAGCCUGUCUGUUGGCAAUUUUGCUGCUCGACUUUUGGUAAGACUCUUCCAAGAGCUGUUUACUGCUGAAAAUCUCAGACUACAAUACAACCAUUCUGGUGCUUGUAACAAAAAGCAGCUAGACCCAGUCCGACUGAGACUGAUCCGUCACUAUGUGGAAGCAGUGUACCCUGUGGACAAGAUGGAAGAGGUGUGGCAUUAUGAAUGUAUACCUAGCAUUGAUGAGAGGUGUAGGAGACCAAACAGGAAGAAAUGUGACAUACUAAAGAAAGCUAAGAGGGCCAAAGAUGCAUCAUAUUUAUGA